AUGCGAACGCACCCUCCCGCCCGCGCGCGGCAUUCUGGGGCCGGAAGUGGCGCGCACGCUGCAGGCUGUUUCACGGCAGCUGCGCUGAGCCGCAAGAGGCGCCUGGCGGAGCUGACGGUGGACGAGUUCCUAGCUUCGGGCUUUGACUCCGAGUCCGAAUGCGAGUCCAAAAACUCCCCAGAAGCGGAGACGCGGGAGGCACGCGAGGCUGCCUGGAGUCCCGAUGAGCCGGGCGGGAGCCCCUCGGCCAGCCGGCGUAAAGGCCGUGCCUCUGAACACAAAGAUCAGCUCUUUCGGCUGAAGGACAGAGACCCGAAGUUCUACAAGUCCCUGCAGGAGAAUGACCAGAGCCUGCUAAACUUCAGCGACUCGGACAGCUCUGAGGAGGAAGAGGAGCUGUUCCACUCCCUGCCAGAUAUGCUGGAGGAAGCCAGUGAGGAGGAGGAUGGAGCGGAGGAGGGGGCAGAUGGGGACAGAGUCCCCAGAGGGCUGGUUGAGAGAUGGAAGCAGGCAGCAAAGCAACUCCCCACUCCAAAGCUGUUCCAUGAAGUGGUACAGGCGUUCCAAGCAGCUGUGGCCACCACCCAAGGGGACCAUGAAAGUGCUGAGGCCAACAAAUUCCAGGUCACGGACAGUGCUGUGUUCAAUGCUCUGGUCACCGUCUGCAUCAGAGACCUUAUUGGCUGUCUCCAGAAGUUGCUGUUUGGAAAGGCGGCAAAGGACAGCAGCAGGAUGCUGCAGCCAUCCAGCAGCCCGCGCUGGGGGAAGCUCCGUGUGGACAUCAAGGUGUACCUGGUCCCGGUCAUACAGCUGGUGUCCUGUCUGGCAGAGACAACGGUGUUGGCGGCCGUGCUGCAGCACAUCAGCGUACUGGUGCCCUGCUUCCUGACCUUCCCCAAGGAGUGCUGCAUGCUGCUUAAGAGAAUGAUGGUCGUAUGGAGCACAGGGGAGGAGUCCCUGCGGGUGCUGGCUUUCCUGGUCCUCAGCAGAGUCUGCCGGCACAAGAAGGACACUUUCCUUGGCCCUGUCCUCAAGCAAAUGUACAUCACGUAUGUGAGGAACUGCAAGUUCACCUCGCCUGGUGCCCUCCCCUUCAUCAGUUUCAUGCAGCGGACCCUGACGGAGCUGCUGGCCCUGGAGCUGGGUGUGGCCUACCAGCACGCCUUCCUCUACAUCUUCCAGCUCGCCAUGCACCUGCGCAACGCCAUGACCACCCGCAAGAAGGAAACGUACCAGUCUGUGUACAACUGGCAGGACAUGCACUGCCUCUUCCUGUGGUGCCAGGUCCUGAGCACUGUGGGCCCCAGCGAAGCCCUCCAGCCCUUGGUCUACCCCCUUGCCCAGGUCAUCAUUGGCUGUAUCAAGCUCAUCCCCACUGCCCGCUUCUAUCCACUGCGAAUGCACUGCAUCCGUGCCCUGACACUGCUCUCCAGGAGCUCGGGGGCUUUCAUCCCAGUGCUGCCUUUCAUCCUGGAGAUGUUCCAGCAGGUCGACUUCAACAGGACGCUGGGGCGCAUGAGCUCCAAGCCCAUUAACUUCUCUGUGAUCUUGAAGCUGUCCAAUGUCAACCUGCAGGAGAAGGUGUACCGGGACAGCCUGGUGGAGCAGCUGUACAACCUCACCCUGGAGUACCUGCACAGCCAGGCACACUGCAUCAGCUUCCCGGAGCUGGCGCUGCCUGUGGUCCUGCAGCUGAAGUCAUUCCUCGGGGAGUGCAAGGUGGCCAACUGCCGGCAGGUGCAGCAGCUGCUUAGGAAGGUUCAGGAGAACUCCGAACACAUCUGCAGCCGCUGCCAGAGGGUUUCUUUCGGCGUCUCUGACUGGCAGGCAGUGGAAGCCUGGGAGAAGCUGACCCGGGAAGAGGGGACCCCCCUGACCUUGUACUACAGCCACUGGCACAAGCUGUGUGACCGGGAGAUCCAGCUGGAAAUCAGUGGAGAGCGGCUGGAAGACCUGAACUUCCCUGAGAUCAAAUGAAGGAAGGUGGCUGACAGGAAGGAUGAGGACAGGAAGCAAUUUAAAGACCUUGACCUGAACAGCUCUGAGGAGGACGACACCGAGGGAUUCUUGGAGAGAGGGAUACUGGGGCCCCUGAGCACUUGGCAUGGGGUAGAAGAGGAUGAAGAGGACGAGGAGGAGGGCAAGGAGGACCGCAGCAACUCAGAGGAUGGAGACCCAGACGCAGAGGCAGGGCUGGCCCCUGGGGAGCUGCAGCAGCUGGCCCAGGGGCCUGAGGACGAGCUGGAGGAUCUGCAGCUCUCAGAGAAGGACUGAGGCAGCCCAUCUGGGGGGCCUGUAGGGGCUGCCGGGCUGGUGGCCAGUGUUUCCACCUCUCCGGCAGUCAGACCUAGAGGCUGGCGUCUGUGCAGUUGGGGGAGGCAGUAGACAGGGGACAGGCUUUAUUAUUUAUUUUUCAGCAUGAAAGACCAAAGGUAACGAGAGCUGGGCUGGGCUGGCGUGGCUGCUGAAGCCCCACAGCUGUGGGCUAUUGAAGUCAGUUCCGUGGGGGAGCUGACCUUGAUGUCAGCAGACCGAGACCAGUCCCAGUUCCAGGGGGAGGCCUGCAGGUCCCUGGCCCCAUCCACCACCUCUGCCCUCCGUCUGCAGACCUUGUCCAUCCGCACCAGGCUCUGCAUUCACUCCCCCAAGUCUUUGGAAAUUUGUUCCUUUCCUUUGAAGUCACAUUUUCCUUUAAAAUUUUUUGUUUUGCAUCCAAAACUGAAAGAAAUAAAGCUGUGGGAGGCAGGGCCACUGUAAAAAAGAAAAAAAAAGAGUUGUUCACAUUCAACAUUUUUUCUUUUCUUCUCUCUUCAACCCACUCCAACAUGGGCAACAAGCACACCCAAGUUGCUAAAUCCGAUGAUUGAUGUUCAGUCCUAAGGUAAUUUGACCUUGCAGCAUCUUUUUGAGUCUGUGGGUCAUGCUGUCUAUUGUCACACCAUUUACUCUCUUGGCUUUUAUGACACCUCCUCACACUUGCUUGGUUUUCAGUCUACUUCAUUGGCUCUUUCUUUGGCUGGAUCUUUAUGUUCCCAACUAGAACCUGUUACAUAAUUUGCAGGGUGCAGUGCAGAACGAAAAUGCAGGGCUCUUAUUCCAAAAAUUAUUAAAAGUUGCAAGAUAGUGAGAGCAGAGCACUCAAUGAAGCAUGAGGCCCUUCUAAGCAAGAGGUCUUGCAUGAUUGCAAAGAUCUUGUGCCCAUGAAGCCCUGUUCCCAUCCUCAGAAUGCAGCAAAACACCUGCUCAGUGCUCAUCUAUAAAUGAUCUCGUCCAACCCAAUUGGCUUUAGAUGCCACAUUCAGCAACAAGCUUCACAUCUUACCCUCAACACCAAUCUCUCCAUUUUACUUCAGAUUCAAAUAUUCAACUGUCUAUUCUCCACGUGCACUGAAUAUAUGAAAUGCACUCAAAUUUAAUAUGUCCAAAAUGGAACUUUCAUUUCCCACCCAAAUUCUUCCCAUAGUUUUCCCCAUGUCAAUAAAUACCAACUCCAUUUUUCCAGUUAUUCAGGCCAAAAUCAUUAUAGCCAUCCUGAACUUCGCACUUUUCUCUCACAUUCCACAUUCAAUCCACCAAAUCCUGCAAGCUCUACCUUCAAAAUAUUUCCUAAAUCUGACCAGUCAUGACCUUCACCACUUGCAACCCCGGUACAAGUUUCUGUCCUGAGUCACCUAGUCUUCUAGUGUCAUAGGCCUCUUGGCUUUCACUUCUGCCCUUGACAGUCUAUUUGCCACACAGCCACCAGUUAUCUUUUUAAAAUGUAAGUCAUAGUUUGUCACUUUCAAAUCGCAAAGUUGAAACCUUCGAAUGCCUUCCAACCUCACUCAUAAUUUUUUGUUAAGUCUUCAAAAUAUGGCCUAAAAAACUCUAUGUAGCCAGCUUCUGGCCACCUCUCCACCCUCAGCUCCUAUCACUACCCCCUCAGUCACUUCAUCAGCCACAUUGGCUUUCUUGCUGCUCCUCACUUUCCUUUGCACUGUGGUUUUCUCUGUCUGGAACACUCUUCACUCAGAUAUUUGAAUGACUCACUUUCUCAAUUCAAUGAGACUUCAGUUUACAUGGCACCUCCUCAGAAAGCCUUCUGUACUGAACAUAAAUCUCAGCUUCCCUUGACGGUUUCCUUUGUUUAAAAGGUGGCACCCCUCUCCUGAACGUGGACCAUGCCACACCACUGACAUCUUUGUUGAGUCCCCAGAACUGUCAGUAAUCUGCAAAAGUCCCAUUAGUUCCAAGUCUCCACUCACUUCUGAUGAAAUGUCACAUAACAGAGAAUGGGAUCUGCCUUCCUGGCCCACCGUCUAAAAGCCCAACAAUGUAUUCCUAAAGAACAGAGCAUUCGCUCUUCAUGAGCAAUAGAAAACAGGAGCCACGAAGAGCCAAGCAGCAAAGGGCAGAGAAUAGAUCUAGAUGGAUGAAGAAUAACCAGUAUACACCCUCUGUUUUCUUAAUCUGUUUUGUUGCAGACUGAUGUUUUAUUCUACGUCUAUGCAUAUGCACAUAUGCAUGCAUGUAAACGUGUGCAAUUUGAUGGCAAAGAUCCCAUCUUGUAUGUUCAUUGCCAUAUCACCAGCUCCUAGAGCAGUAACUGUCACAUAGUAAAUAUUCAGCAAAUAUUCUUUUGAGAGAGUGAAUGAAGAUGCAAUACUAUUAAAUACAUUCACAAUUUCUCACCUUCUUCUUUUCACUCAACACAAUCACUUUGGGUUGUUUUUUGGUGUGCGUGACAAGUAUUCUUCUAAAAGAAAUUAUGAUUUCUUUAAGGAAUCUAGUCUAAAUACACAUGAAAGGAAAGGGACUACUGAACUAAAUUAUUUCAGCAAGACAUUUAGAGAGUAUUAGUGAUUUUAUAAUAAAUAAUGCUAUCAUGUGAUUUAAGUGUUCAAAGAAAAAAGAUGAUGCUUUUCCUAUUUGUAGUUCAAAAAAAAAGAUUUCAUCAAUCACAUUAUGAGUCAAACCCAAAGAUGAUUAUCGAUGACUAGAACUAUUAGAAAGAGCAUUCGACAGGUAGGCAGUAAAGAAGGGUGGGAAGUUCAGAGUAAUCACAUAAACAAAGAAAGGAACUAUCUAGAAGGCAGACCCAUCGGGGGAGGGAAAUUUCAAGGGAAGAAGACUGGACCUACCACCCUGUUACCUGGGAAAUAAGUAAGGCCACAGGGUGGGGAGAAAAAAAAGACUUGAUACUUUUCAGAGAACAAAAAGUCUGUCUUUGUCAAUGCAAAUGCAUGUAAUGCACAGUAGUUUGAGAGAUGCUAAUAGGUUUUUUUUUAUCGCUUUUCUUUGUCAAUUACAAACUGCUCAUUCCUGAAGAUGAAACUAAAAUGAGCCAUUGAGUAAAUUACUUCCAAAACAAGCUGGUGGAAAACGUGUAAACCUGUAAGUGAGUAAUAUUAAAUCCUUACAUGUUUUAUAGGAAUUUAGACUCCAGGCACACACAAUGUUUUAUACCGAUAAUGACUAUACAUUUUUUAACUUAUUACAUAAAAUUAUAUAUGUUAUAGUCCAGGCACAGUGGCUCACGCUUCUAGUCCCAGCACUUUAGGAGGUCAAGGCAGGAGGCUCGCUUAAGGCUGUGAGUUUGAGAUCAACCUUGGCAACAUAGCAAGACCCUAUCUCUACAAAAAAUAAAGAAAUAAAUUAGCCAGGAGUGGUGGUACACACCUGUAGUCCCAGCUACUUGGGAGG